AUGUCGGCUCCUGAUCAACCUUUAGCUUCGCUUUCGCUGACCCAUGUACAUUAUAAUCCCAACGACAUCCUCUCGUAUGCAUCGGCCUGGCUCGCGCUCGUCCCCCAAGCGUUAUGUGUCAUCUACGUUACACUCAUCUGGGCUUCGAGGGAGGUGGAGGUAUUGUUGAUGUUUGCGGGUCAAAUGGGUUGUGAAGCCUUGAACUUUGGGCUUAAACGGCUCAUCCGCGAAGAGAGACCUCAGUACAUGCAUGGCAAAGGCUACGGAAUGCCCUCAUCCCACGCGCAAUUUGUGGCCUACUUCUCCUGUUACGCGAUACUGUUCCUCCUUCUCAGACACAAACCGAAUUACUCCCUCACACCAGACGCGAUAACCUUUGUCCAACGAGUUGCGCUCUCAUUCCUUGCUUGUGUUGGCGCCAGUGCAGUGGCCAUUAGCCGUCUAUAUUUGAAUUACCAUACCAAGAAACAAGUUCUUGUGGGAUUUACAGCCGGAAUUAUCUUCUCUAUUGUGUGGUUCUCGUUCACAAGCUACCUGCGAAGCUCCGGAUGGAUCAACUGGGGACUAGACUUGACUCUGUCACGAGCGCUACGAAUAAGAGACUUGGUGUGA